AGCAUCUAGAAGGAACAAAUGAGGCAUAUUACUCCCUGCACUUCAGUCUCUGCACUGUGCCUCUUUGUGGGUCCCAACCCCACCUUCCAAGCCUGCUUCUUCCCCUGGGUCCAAGGCAUUGCAUGUUAGAAAACAUGGCACCUGGUCCAAGACUGCACUCAGGUUGCUUGAAUUGGCUUAGAGGGAGGCCUCUUAGCAUCCUGGUUUCCAUUGUGAGCUCUGAACGAAAAGGACAAUUUUGCUGAUCCUUUGCCUCAGUCCCAGCACCAAUUCCUCCAGUUUGGAUCCCCCUGGGACCCUAGACCACGCCGUCAUCUGGAUUAUCAGCAGGAUCAAGAGCUUUGAAUCUCUGCUCCUCUCAUCUCUGUGAGAACUUCUCCUAAGAGGUAGCCAGACCUGCCUCCCCACCAUGCCAGGUGGGUUGGGUGUUCCGACGCUCUGCUUCCUCCUUGUCCCUUGGGCCGCCACCGUCUUCCACAAAACUCUAGGAGAACAAGCACCCCACGCGGGGCCCCACUACCUCCUGCCCCCCAUCCACGAGGUGGUGCACGCCCGUCGUGGGGCCACCGUCACGCUGCCCUGCAUCCUGGGCGAGUCGCCUCCCAGCUACAAGGUCCGCUGGAGCAAGGUGGAACCUGGGGAGCUGCGGGAGACCCUCAUCCUGAUCACCAACGGGCUCCACGCACGCGACUAUGGAGCCUUGGGGGGCCGUGCCCGGCUACGGAGGGGCCACCGACUCGACGCGUCCCUCGUGAUCGUGGAGGUGAGCCUGGAGGAUGAAGGCCGCUACCGCUGCCAGCUGGUCAACGGCCUGGAGGACGAGAGCGUGGCACUCAGCCUGCGCCUGGAGGGUGUGGUCUUCCCAUACCAGCCCAGCCGGGGCCGGUACCAGUUCAACUACUACGAGGCCAAGCAGGCCUGUGAGCAGCAGGAUGGACGCCUGGCCACCCAUGCUCAGCUGUACCAGGCCUGGACCGAGGGGCUGGACUGGUGUAACGCGGGCUGGCUCCUCGAAGGCUCUGUUCGCUACCCGGUGCUCACGGCCCGUGCUCCCUGCGGUGGCCAGGGGAGGCCCGGGAUCCGCAGUUACGGGCCCCGAGACCGCAAGCGUGACCGCUAUGACGCUUUCUGCUUCACGUCGGCCCUAGCAGGCCAGGUGUUCUUCGUGCCCGGGAAGUUGACACUGUCUGAAGCCCAUGCAGAAUGUGGCCGGCUCGGGGCCACGGUGGCCAAAGUCGGGCACCUCUACGCGGCCUGGAAGUUCUCAGGGCUGGACCAGUGCGACGGUGGCUGGCUGGCCGAUGGCAGCGUGCGGUUCCCUAUCACCACACCCAGACCUCGCUGUGGGGGUCUCCCGGACCCCGGAGUGCGCAGCUUUGGUUUCCCCAAACCCCAGCAGGCUGCCUUCGGGACUUACUGUUACUCUGAGUAAGGGGCUCCCCAUAGCCUCCAGCUCCUUGAGCAUCUGGGCGAGGCUCUCCUGCAGCUGGACGUGUUGCAGGGCCCCCAAAGAGCCGCCUAUCCCGGCUGGCCGGGCAGUGGGGAGGAGAAGCAGUUAUGCUGCAGGUCACCAGAUGUGAAUGUGAUCCUAGGACACCUCCAGAACCUGAUAGGUCGUGUGCCCACAAUGGAUCAGCCAACCACUGCUUCCAGGUGGAUGAAGCUCUUAGGGGGCAUUAAGUGGCCUCCAUCCGUGUACAGCAAUAAAAAAAA